CACAAACAUUAUCCUCCUAUAUCCGUAUUUGUUCCACACGAUUCUUCUGGCUGGAAUUCUCUUGCAAAAUCUCAAGGAUGAGAUGCAAAUCCCCUCUUACCAGCUAUCCUCAAUCUAUUUCCGCAUCAACUAUCACAAUUUCUGGAAGAUAAUAAAUAAAGUGCAGAGACUACGAGUAUUUCUUUCCAUUUCUCUCCAAUUUCCAAUAUGCGAUUGCUCAGAUUUAGCCCAGUGAGUGUUCAUGGCAGCAUCCAUCACCUUUUGGUCAUCAGAGGCAAUAAAUUCGACUUCCUAGCUCAAAUUUCCCGACUGGUUUCUCAGAUGUAGAUCAGCGACCGCCCAACCAGCGGUACCCAUCUCAUUUUCUUAAUCAAGAAUCAGAAAUUCUGACUUCUAGCUAUGCUGCUUUGCUGCACCUAAGAAUGCAGAUAGGCCAACCAUGAUGUGGAUGACAUGAAUAUCGGGGCGUCUGUCCUCCAUCAAACCCAUUCCCUGGCACCACAAAACCCAGAAUUCAGUUUGGGGUCUAGGGAGAACGAAUGCGUCUCCAUGUUGAAGAAAUGCAGAAACAUGGAAGAAUUCAAGCAAGUGCAUGCCCAAAUCCUCAAGUUGGGUCUAUUUUGGAACUCCUUUUGUGCUGGCAAUCUCAUUGUCACCUGUGCUCUCUCAAAUUGGGGUAGCAUGGAGUAUGCCUGCUCAGUUUUCCGAGAACUCGAUGAACCAACUUCAUAUGAGUUCAACGCCAUGAUUAGAGGACACGUCAAGGAUAUGAACUCCGAGGAAGCCUUGCAUCUUUAUGAAGAGAUGGUUGAGAGAGGGGUUGAGCCAGAUAAUUUUACGUACCCGACUCUUCUCAAGGCAUGCACUGGAUUAUUCGCACUCGAGGAAGGAAUGCAGGUUCAUGGCCAUAUUUUCAAGCUUGGCCUGGAAGAUAAUGUGUUUGUGCAGAACAGCUUGGUCAACAUGUAUGGGAAGUGUGGGGAGAUAGAACUUUCUUGUGCAAUGUUUGAGCAGAUGGAUCAGAAGAGUGUUGCCUCUUGGAGUGCCCUCAUUUCAGCUCAUGCUAGCUUGGGCAUGUGGAGCGAGUGUCUCAGGCUGUUUGGGGAGAUGAAUAGAGAAGGAUGUUGGAGGGCUGAAGAAAGCACAUUAGUCAGUGUGCUUUCUGCGUGUACCCAUUUGGGUGCCCUCCAUUUGGGAAGGUGCAUCCAUGGGUCCUUAUUGAGGAACAUAAGUGGACUAAAUAUUAUAGUAGAGACUUCCUUGAUAGACAUGUAUAUAAAAUGUGGUUGUCUGGAGAAGGGGUGGCGGCUCUUUCAAAAGAUGGCCAAGAGGAACCAAUUGUCCUACACUGUCAUCAUCUUGGGGUUUGCUUUGCAUGGACAUGGUCAGGAAGCUCUAAGGGUGUUCUCAGAAAUGCUUCAAGCAGGGUUGAAGCCAGACAAUGUUACGUAUGUGGGUGUGUUGAGUGCUUGCAGUCAUGCUGGCCUUGUCAAGGAGGGCCUCCAGUGUUUUGAUAGGAUGAAAUUUGAGCACAGGAUAGAGCCAACACUACAGCACUAUGGCUGCAUGGUAGAACUCCUGGGGCGAGCUGGGAAGCUCAAAGAGGCAUUUGAGCUCAUCAAGAGCAUGCCUAUGGAACCUAAUGAUGUUGUGUGGCGUAGCCUUCUUGGUGCUUGCAAAGUUCACCAGGAGUUGGAAAUAGGGGAGCUUGCAGCUAAAAAAUUAUUCCAACUAAAGACACAGAAUGCUGGUGACUAUUUGGCUUUGUCGAACAUCUAUGCACGAGCUCGAAGGUGGGAGGAUGUGGCUAUGGUCCGGACGGAAAUGUUCCAGAUGGGCAUGAUCCAAACACUCGGAUUUAGCAUGGUUGAGGUGAACAGGAAGGUAUACAAGUUUGUGUCACAGGACAAGUCUCACCCCCAAUGUCAGGGUGUCUAUGAGAUGCUUCACCAGAUGGAAUGGCAGUUAAAAUUCGAAGGAUACUCCCCAGACACCACGCAAGUGUUGCUCGAUGUGGAUGAAGAUGAGAAGAGAUGGCGGUUGAGCGGCCAUAGUCAGAAGUUAGCAAUCGCCUUCGCGCUCAUACACACGUCUCAAGGGUCACCUAUAAGAAUAGUUAGAAACAUCGGGAUGUGUAGUGAUUGUCACACAUACACUAAAUUAAUUUCAAUGAUCUACCAGCGAACAAUAACUGUUCGAGAUAGGAAUCGGUUCCACCAUUUUAAAGAUGGAACUUGCUCUUGUCGAGACUGCUGGUGAAAGGGAUUUUUUCUUUCUUCUAAUUCCAUCCAACGGAUGUACAAGCAUUCCCAAUCGCCCCUGAAUUUUGGAUUGAUCUUUCAACUA